AUGUAUGUGAGGGUUCGGGGUGAAUUUGCUAGAGUGUCAUGGAGGAAACUGGUGUGCAACAACGCUGGACUGCCAAAGUGGAUCUUUACAGUAUUCCUAGCGGCACAUCGAAGGCUACUGACUAAAGACAGGUUAAGGGGAUGGGGCUAUCUGGAGGAUGCAACCUGUUCAUUGUGUAAUACUGAGGAGGAAACCAUUGAUCACUUGUUCUUUAGCUGUCCUUAUUCUUCAAGGAAAUGGAUAGCAAUGCUGCAAUGGCAAGGGAUUCCUAGGCAAACAAUGUCAUGGACUAAUGAGAUUGAGUGGGCAGAAAGAUACUAUAAGGGGAGAAGCACAACAGCUGAAUUGUAUAAGCUAACUCUGGCAGGUAGUCUGUACCAUAUAUGGUAA